AUGGAACAUGGUGCUGUCUCAGUCCCGAUGACGGUAUUCGCGGACAUGUUCAAGAACUUGUCGACCGAGAAAAUUCUGAUCCCUGUAUGCUGCAACAAGAACCAUUGGUGUGGUAUUAUGGUGGAUGUGGAGCGCACAGAGGCAGUCGUACUCCAGCCUUUUAUCGAGGGUAAUCCGAAACUGUACGAACUGUGGAGUCCACUGGAGAGUCUCCAGACGCAACAGAGCGACAUUCGGCGCUGCCACCAUAUCGCGAUCGCCGGGAAAUUCAUGUUUCCAAAUUUGGGAUGGGUACACUGA